GGCCCGUGCAAAACCGAUUUGAACCACACACGAAGCGACCGGACGGCGGAGGGAGGAGAAGCUAGCGAUGGCGGAGCUCGCGUCGGGCGCCGUGAGCUCGCUACUGGGCGUCAUCCGCAACGAGGCGCAACUUCUGGGCCGCGUCCGGCAGGACGCGCAGUUCAUCCGGGAGGAGAUGGAGAGCAUGAAGAGCUUCCUGGCGCACCUGGAAAGGAUGGCGCCUGAAGGCGGCGAUUACGACGAGCUGAUACGCCCGUGGAUGAAGCAGGUCCGGCUCCUGGCACGGGACUGCAACAACUGCAUCGACCUCUACCUGUCCCGCAGUAGCCGCGAUAUCCAUCGUGCCAGGGGUGGCCUCAGGCGCUUCGCCUGGUGGUUUCCCUGGUUCAUGCAAAUGAUGGCUGCGCAGCACCGCACUGCCAUCAAGCUGCGUGCGCUCAGGGACAGGGUGCGUGACGUUGGCGAGCGGCGUUUGAGGUACAACGUUGAGCUCCCGGCGAGUUGGGCAGGAGCGGGGCAGCUUCCUGCAGGGACUGAGCUCGCGGUGGCGGCAUCAUUGUUGCCACCGAUGCAUGUGGCCGCAUCAUACACUGCUUGGGGAGGCAAUGAAGAAGAUGGCGAUGAUACAGUUGCGGUGUAUCAUUCUGUUCCAAGACGGGCAUUUUUCCAGCCUCCUACGCCGGAGGACAACGUUAGGGCGAAACUCUCUGACUGGAUACAGAAUGUUGCGCAAGGCAACCUUUAUCAUGAGAAAUCAAUACCAUCAGUCGCUGUUGUGGCACCGGAUAAGGAAGAAACCUUGGCUAUCGCAAUUGAAGCUUUGGCUAUAUGUCACUACACAGGCAUGCGCGGUAUCGUGGUGAACAUCCCAUUAGUGCACUUCUACUUUCAAACCCUAAGAACCGAGGACAUUCUCUUCUAUGUCCUGCGGGAGCUGCAGUCUGCCGAAUCCCAGCGCCAGCAGCUGGAGGGUCAAGUCCUGGGAGAGGAGGAGCAACAUAUUGUCAAUUUAAGAAAAAAUGUCAUUAUUUCGGAAAAAAUGAAGCUGAUUAAAAAUAUCACAGAAGACAUCCAAGGAAUGAAGGUUGACAUUCAAAACAAGUUGUCAGAGAUCAAGUACACUAUUGAACAAAUGAAGGGUGGCCAGCUGCAGCUUGACCUGGAACAAAUGAGUCACGACCAACUGGACCUGAUGGAAUCCGCUAAAGAUGAACCCUUGGGCGUCCUCCUCCGAGCGUUGUGGGUGCUCAAGCUCAAGCAAGUUGAAGGUGCGCCAGCUACUAAACAAAACCAAGAAAGGAAAGGAGCCGCACGUCCGCAUGAAGACAUCAUCAAGGAAACGGCCAAGAAGCUUAAAGAGCAUAUGGAAGACGAAGCACCCGCAAAGCUGAAGCUUAGACAGCAUAUUGAAUAUGAAGAGUGCGCAAGCACAAUUUGUCUCAAGGAAGCCCAGUAUGAACACAUCCUAAGGGAGGUCUUCCCCCCGGUGACCAACAAGAAGCCCCCGCAGACCCGGGAGCAAGCCACCGCCGUCAGCGUUACUGGCCCUAUUAUAUUGGUCGAGGACCAAUUCAAACAAAUGAUCCGCAAGAUCCUACAGGAGCUGCAGGAUGAAAAAUAUGUGAAGGAACCAGAUACAGCUGAGCCGCGGGAAGGCACUACAAGUCAGGGUUGUAACCCAGAGGCUAUUACUAAAGAAGCUAUGAAGAUUGGAGAAAUCCAUUGGAAGAUAAACGAGCAGCUUAAGAUCAAAGGGAUCAUGGAUAGAAUUAAUGGUUGUUUGAUGAGGAUGGGACCCCAUUAUCCUCCAAUCCUAGUUAUCCUAAAACUAGAUCAUGACUAUGUAUCUGGGUGGGAGGAGACAAGAAAUGCUUUCAGCUGGAUGGGUUGCAUAGCCGGUGCACUGAUGUUGACCACCACAGUAAAUACAUCAAGAGCGAAAGAAUAUUGCUAUCCGUCGCGGGACCCUAUUGAUCAUUCUCUUCUUGGCCUAUACCGAGAUAUUGUGCUCGAGCUUACAAACCGUCGGACAAGUCAAGACAGCCCCAAUAUUUUUCUUGACAUCUUGGAAAAGUGCAAGUCACAUGAAUUCUGCAUGAAGAUAUUUGUUCAUGCUUUGUGUGCGAACCCCAAGAGGAGCAACGAAGAAUUAACAAGGUUUAACAUUACACUGCAGGCUUUAGAGAACUCAUCUGAGGACAUUUAUAUGAAGAUGUUGAUGUUUUGUUACAAAGAUCUACCAAAAGAAUACAAGUCUUGCUUGUUGUAUCUAGCUAUUUUCCCUCAACGACAAAGCAUCAGGCGAUCAACUUUGAUAGGACGGUGGAUUUCAGAAGGGCUGAUAACCAAAGAAUUUUGGCCGAGUUCUGUGCAUCGUGCCAAUCGGUGUUUCGAAGUGCUCCUCGACCGGUGGCUUGUCUAUCCUUCUGAUAUUGGUGAUUCAGGGCAAGUAAAGAGUUGCAUAGUAGGUGAUCGAGUUCAUCGAUUCAUUACCAAGGUCGCCAGAAAACAACAGAUUAUUGAAAGACGCGUGUCACAUCACCUGGCGCGUCACUUCUCCAUUGUUAAUGAUCUUGAACUCCGCAGCUCCGAUACAAUUCAGACAUUCUUUGAAAAGCUCCCUGAAGAAUCAUCUGGAGCAUCACUUAUAAAGGUUCUAGAUCUUGAAGGUUGCCGGUGCUUUGGUGAGAAGAACCAACGCUACCUUAAGCACAUCUGCAGGACGAUGUUACUGCUCAAGUUUUUGAGUCUAAGGCAAACAGAUGUUACCCAGCUGCCUAGUGAAAUAAACAACCUCCGUGAACUGGAAGUAUUGGAUAUACGACAUACCAAUGUGCAUGAGUCUGCAAUAGUGAAUGUCCUACUCCUGAAGCUGAAGUGUUUGCUGGCUGGUCCCAUUGUUCCGAGUUCAGAGCCAGCUAGUACUAAAAUAUGUUAUGUUCCUAACAAGAUCGGAAAAAUGUUAAACCUGGAGGUAUUGUCCAAUGUCAAGGCACGAAACCAUCAAGUUUUGAAAGAUAUUGGAAAGCUGUGGCAGCUGAGGAAGCUUGGUGUGGUUAUUGAAGACAACGACAAACUCAUUAGGAAUUUGCUUCGGGCUAUCAGUGACCUGCAUGUGUGCCUCAAGUCUCUGUCAAUCACUCUUCCCAUGACUGAGCAAGAUCCUUCCUAUGAAGAUUUUUCAAGUACUGGUCUCAAUUAUUAUAAGCAACCUCCCAAGCUUCUUCUUGAGAGUCUAAGCAUUACUGGAACCACAAAAAAGGUGCAACUUCUUCAACAGCUGACCAAACAAAAUGACUUCUUCCAACUUGCGAAGAUAACUCUAACCGGAACCCGACUGAAGCAGGAUGAUCUGACGGUCCUCAGCCAGUUUCCCAAUAUAGUUUGUCUCAGGCUCCGGGACAAAGCAUACAUCGAUGACAAUCUCACCAUCAAAAAUGAAGAAUUCAAAAAUCUCAAGUGCUUCCUUGUUGAGGGCUCCAACAUGACUGGCAUCUUCUUUGAAGGUGGAGCCGUUAAGCUUGAGAAGAUCAUUUUGUGCUCCACUGAUGGCCUACAAUCGCUUACUAGAGUCGAAGACCUUCCGGAACUGAAGGAAGUCGAGAUGAACAACAAUAAUAAGCUUUCAUUAUUUGACAAGGCCGAGAGAGUUUCCAAGGUGACUCUUUGUGGUACCAAACUGAGCAAAGAUGAUCUGAAAAUGUUUGCCAAGAUACGAUAUAUGCGCUGCCUAGUGCUGAAGGAGAAAGCUUGCGUUGAAAACGAGGUUAUGUUCUACAAAGAUGAGUUCCCAAGGCUCAACCUUCUCAUUGUCGAUGGUUCUGCCAUCAGCAAGAUAGAGUUCGCCAGCGGAUCUGCUCCUAAGCUUGAGAAAAUCAUCUGGUCCUUCACAAGGGGCAUGGUGGGGAGUCUCUCCGGCAUUGGCAACCUUCCAAAACUGAAGGAGCUCGAGUUCAAUGGCGAUUUGAUCCCUGAUGAGUUGAAAGAAGCAAUUAACAAACAUAAAAAUAAACCCAAUCUUAUAUACAACAAACAAGAAAACCAAUAGCAAGAAAUGGGAAAGGCCGCAAGAUGCCCAUCCUGCUGGAAGAGCCAGGAUUGAUGCUGCAGGUGCCGUUCCUAUCAUAUCCAUUCAUCAUCAACUCCCGUCCCAUGGUGUGGUUUGUGUGUGCUAUUUGGCUUGCUAUUGCGUGUUUCUGUCCACAGUGCACGCGUUGGCAGAUAUAUAUACUGUAUCUAUGUAUGUCAAUCGACUGAGUUUGUGUCCCUGCUACUUGUUACAAAUUUGUGCCUUGUAACUAAGAUUGAGCAUAUGCAAUGGUGUGUACGGGUGUGCCCUCUAACUAAGACUGAGAAAAUGUGAUGGUGUGUUGUUUAUGCUCAUGGAUUUGGAUGUCUCUACUGCCUGAGUGAAUGACUACAUGGUGCGAGAGUUAAAUUAAACCACUUGUCUCCAGGUUGCCAAGUGGU